AUGGGCCGCAAAAAGAUCGAGAUCAAGCCGCUCACGGACGAGCGCAACCGCAACGUGACCUUCCUGAAGCGCAAGGCGGGCCUGAUGAAGAAGGCCUACGAGCUCUCAGUCCUGUGCGGGGCGAACGUUUCGCUGCUCAUUUUCUCCUCGAACGGCAAGCCGUACGAGUUCUCCUCUGCGGACUUUGACUCGGAGAUCGACCGCUACAACGAGUAUGAGGGCACGAUUGAGCGCCGGCGCGGGGCCGAGUUCGAGGCCAUGAUCAACGACGACGAUGACGACGACGAGGGCGGCGCGGGCAACGACGACGGCGAGCAGCAGCCGAAGAAGGGCCCCGCCAAGAGCCUCAAGGGCAAGGAGAGCUACAAGAAGCGCCGCGUCGCGUGGCGCGAGCCGAAGCGCGACGAGAGCUUUGUCGGCUCGCUCCUCGACGACCGAGAGCGGGAGCGGGAGCGCGACUAUGAGCGCAAGCGCGAGCGCGAGGAGAGUCCCUCCGUUGCGGGCCUGUCCUACGCGCUCGGGUUGCAGCAGCAGCAGCCGCAGUACCAGCGCGCGUCGUACCCCGCCUACCCUCCCCAAGUACAAAGCAACUACCUCCCCACGCCCGGGGGAUUGGGCGGCGACAUGGGCCUCACGACCUACGCCUGGCUGCACAUGCAGCAAGCGCACCAGGAGCAGAAACGCGCCCUGCUCGAGCAGCAGCAGCAGCAGCUCCUGAAACUGACCUCGUGCUCGUCCUCCAACAGCUUCCUUCGGGACAUCCUCGGCGGAGCAGGACAGAUGGGCCUGCCCCCGCAGCAGGGGCAGCAGGAAUUCGUGUGGCCCACAGCAGCCCAUGGAGAGCAGGAGCGCAUGCACGCUGCCCAGCAGCAGCAGGGAGGGGCAGGAGGCGUCACGACGCCGCCGGAGGAGGAUCUGAUUUGGGCGCUUGCGAAUGGGGCAGGGCCGAGCGAGAGGGGCGUCAAGCGCAUGAGGCAGUAG